CGCAAAUUGAUCUUUGCAUUGGUGCUUGCAAUGAUAUUCAUGGUGGUGGAAGUUGGUGGAGGCUUCAUCGCCAACAGUCUGGCCAUCAUGACUGAUGCAGCCCACCUAUUGUCAGAUGUGAGCGGCUUUGCAGUGGCCCUCUUCGCCGGCAUCUAUGCAGCAAAGAAGGGCGGCAGCUCACACUCUUUCGGGUAUCACAGGAUUGAGGUGCUGGGCGCUCUGGCAUCAGUGCUGGCCACCUGGUUAGUCACCGGCGUGCUCGUGUGGGAAGCAGUUGGGCGCAUGAUCAACCCCUCUCCUGUCAAUGGCAAGGUGAUGUUCAUUCUGGCGCUGGUGGGCGUGGUCAUCAACCUGAGCAUCAUGGCGAUCCUGGGGGGCCACGGGCAUUCGCAUGGGGAGGGAGGCCAUGACCAUGGUCACGGCCAUGGGCACUCCCAUUCACACGGCGAGGGCCAUGGAGAGAAGCACAGCCACAACGGCCAUGCGCAUGCAGGGGACGCGCACAGUCACGCAGAGGAGGGCCAUGCGCACGCGCAUGGCGUUGAGGAGGAAGCCGGGGAGACAAACAUCAAUCUGCGGGGGGCAAUCGUGCAUGUGAUCGGGGAUCUGGUGCAAAGCUUGGGAGUCGCGCUAGCUGGAGCGCUCAUAUGGUGGAAGCAGGACGAUCCACGGUUUGCGAUCGCGGACCCGAUAUGCACGUUUGUGUUUGCGCUGCUGGUGCUGCUGACGACGCGGUCGCUGCUGCGUGACAUCAGCGACACCCUCAUGGAACGCGUGCCACGCGGACUGGACGCUGACGCGAUGCAGGCCAAGCUGCAGGAGAUUGAGGGGGUGGAGUUUGUGUCGGACCUGCACAUCUGGGCGCUCAAGCCGGGCAUGCCGCUGCUGGCGUGCCACCUGGACAUCGCCUCGGAGAGCGUGGCCUGUGACGUGCUCUCGCGCGCGACUCAGCUCUGCCGCUCAAAGGGCAUCAACCACUCCACCAUCCAGCUGUCGCACCGGGGGCAGCCCUGCUGCGCCGAGUCCUGA